CUGAAGGUGUGACCGAAAACGUUUGUUUUUCUAAAGCAAGGGGAAGUAUCUUCACCAUGGCAACCUUAUGGGACGACUUGGAGAGCCUCGUGGAUUCUCCUUCGUCUUUUUCUGCACAAAGUGGAGACAGAGGAACCAUCAAGCCUAAAGGAAACUUUAGCGCAGUGGACGAUGCUGCGGCCAUGAAGAAGGCCAUCGAUGGAUUUGGAACAAAUGAGAAGGUCCUGAUGGACGUCUUGACUCAAAGAAGCAACGCUCAGAGGCAGCUCGUCUGCAAAGCUUAUCAAGAAGCGACUGGCAGAACCCUGGACGAAGACCUAAAGGGGGACACGCAUGGAGACUUUGAAAACCUGCUGGUGGCGCUCAUCACUCCUCCUGCGGCGUACGACUGCCACGAAGUGAUGCGGGCCAUGAAAGGAGCCGGCACAAAGGAGCACAUCCUGGCUGAGAUCUUUGCCUCCAGGUCCAACCAGCAGAUCAAAGCUCUGCAGAGUGAAUAUUUACGAGAAACAAAGAAGGAGUUGAGUCUUGAACUGAAAAGGGAACUUUCUGGAAAUGUUUCCAAAGCGCUGCUGCUCUUGGCUGAGGGCAACAGGGACGAAAGCACCAACGUAGACAAAGAAAAAGCCAAACAAGACGCUGAGGCUCUCUACGCUGCCGGAGAGAAGAAGUGGGGCACUGACGAGUCCAAGUUCAUCGAGGUCCUCUGCCGGAGGAGCAUCGCCCAGCUUCGGCAGACUCUGGUCGAAUACAAAAACCUGAGCGGGAAAACGCUGCAGCAGAGCAUCGAAGGAGAGAUGAGCGGCGAGCUGGAGCAGCUGCUGGUGGCUGUCGUGAAAUGCGUGAAAAGCGUCCCGGCAUACUUCGCAGAGCGUCUGCACGAGAGCAUGAAGGGCGGUGGUACCGAUGAGUCCACGCUGAUCCGGAUCAUGGUGAGCCGGUCUGAGAUCGACCUGCUGGACAUCAGAGCCGAGUUCAAGAAGCUGUACAACCGCUCUCUGCUCUGUGAGCUCGAGUCGGAGCUGUCGGGGGAACUCGGGGAAUGUUUGAAGGCGAUCUGCGGCGGAGACGACUGAAGCCAACAGGAAACCUGCUGCCUCGGGCGUUCCUAAAUCUCCACGUUGUUCUUCAGAGCUGACCCAAGGCACAGAUGUUUGAAACGUUUUAAACUGAAGACUAAAGAAAUAAAAGAUGGCGUAAAACUAGUCGCAAAAACGGGCGAAGUGGGUUUAAAAACUGAGCAGAGGCACCACCAUGCUGCUUUUUUCCUACUCAUGCCAAUAAAGUCAUAAAGAA